GUCGUACUGCCUCUUACAAACUAUGUUCUACCUUAGACACCUGUCCCACAUCCCACCUGCAAUGUCAUCAACCGCCACCCCUUUAACAGCAGCUGCAAGUCAUCAGUCCCAGGCACAAGCCAUGGGAUUAACCGUCCAGCAGUACCAAAGCCUUGGUCUUCACACACCGUCGCCCACCAGCAUCACAACACAAUGUCGCGCCACCUGACGCCCCGAUGACGAACGAACCCCAAAACAAGAGGCAUACCUUAAUGAUAUGUCCAUCAUGCCAUGUGACUGGCCUACCACAAUCGGAGAAUGCUCAAGACUCCUAAGCAACAGGUCAGCAGAAAAUGAAGACUUCAAGAACAAAUACAAUGAAAAACCUGCAUCAGGCAGGCAGCGUGCAGCUCUUCACUCGCGGGGAUCAUCCAUGGAAGAAAUAGACAAACUUACCAAAAGCCAGGCCAGCAAGCUCAUGGACAGUCAUGCAGCAGGAGAACAGGCCACUGCAACACAGCUUGCUCAGUUGCAAAGGCUCAAUGUACAGCUGCCGCAGCAACCACUAUUCAAGAGGGAUGCGUCGGCACUCAUUUCACAAAACUCCGUCAAAGCACAGGCUGCAACGCCAUCACGAAACGCCAUCUCCUCAAGAAACUGACACGGGUCAACGAAUCACAGAUGAGCAGCUGGACGUCAUGAGGCUGGCGCAAGCCUCAACACUCAUCGCCGCACUCACAUCGAAGCGCAACAACGGUGGCCACAAGACAAAUAGCAAAAUUAACCACUACGAUGACAACCUACAAGGCAAAGGUGGUGGACCAUCCCAAAAUGGUGCUGGUGGUGCUUCUGCAGCGGCAAAUGCGUCACAAACAGCGUAGAGAUUUAACAGUUGAGACAGACGUACAUGUGCAAUGAUGCUGGGCCAAAAAAUAGCUAUGUAUUCCUGCCGGUGUAGAGUGCUUAUUGGUUGAUGAUUGAGUGAGCGGCUGCUGCCGUAUGCAUGCAUGUCUUGCGACAGCAGUUGCAUGAAUGCAAUCCUAUAUGCACCAUUCGGAAGCUUCGUUGAAUGGUUUGGGACUCUGUGAUGAUUACUUGAUGCAUAGUCGCCAUAACGACACUGCUACAUGUGGUUUGGUGGGUAGUCAACGCAUGCAAGUAUGGCUACUUUACACACGCACUGGUGCAUGAUGUG